AGAUUUGAUUAAAUACACUAUUUCGUGCAAAUAAAUAGAAUUAUUUGCUAAGGUGGUAAUCAUUAUUUUUUCUAGUAUAUGUUGUUUUUUACUCGCAAUUUGGGUAGGUUUUCAACAGAAAAUGUCUGAAGGUUUUGUGUGCGUUUGGAAGAUUAGACACUUCAACUUUUAUGACAGUGAGCGUGAUCGUUGCAUCAGUACUCCUGUAUUCACAACAGAUCGCGUAAAAGAAACUAAAUGGAUUUUACAUCUUUUUCAUGAUGAAAAUCAAGUUGGAUGCUACAUAACCCAAGAAGGACCAAGGAAUCCAUAUACAGAAAUCAGUGUUCGAUACGAACUCACAAAUCCAGAAGGAGUAGUUUUGAAAGCUUCUAAACAAUUAAGUUACACUUUUGCCAAAAGCAAAUUUUCAGAAAAAUAUUUUCUGAUGCAACGUCAUGAGUUACUGUUUGAAAUGUUUUCGUGGUUGGAAGACACAGUAACUAUUCGUUGCCACAUGGAUUGUGAAGAUGGCGUGACGCAACCAGUUUCCACCUGUCAAGUGACAAUGGAUUUCAGCGAGAGAUUUUCACUUUCAUGGCCUUUCAAUUACUCUAAUGAGUGUGUAAAAAAACUUGUGAAUUUGGCUGAAGUACCGGUAGAAAUUAAUUUUCAGUAUAUCGGAAGUACUUUAAAGUUUAAUUUUCUUUCUAAUGUAGAAAGUGAAGAACUUUUUGCUUGGUUCGAAGUGUCACUAGUAAACUCCAAAGAUUCUACGCUGGUGUCAUUUCGGCGUAUGAGUGAAUUUCGGCAAAAAAAUAAGGAAGAUGAGUGUGUCCUUAACUUCAGUAAACAAAAAGCAGAAAUUUGCGCUGAAACAAUGAUAAAAUGCGAAGUUUUAAAUUCGUUCAAAUCGAUGGUAAAAUAUAAUAAAAUAUAUUUGGGAAGAAGUAAAAAAGCUGUAAGGAGCAGCAUUUCUAAGGCAAACGAUAUUGUGACUUUAAAAAAAAGAGUCACGGAAUCAAAUAAAGAAGAAUUUCAAGACAAAGAGAGCCAAAACUACCGCGAGAAAAGUUUUCAAUAUCCAGUAAAAGUGUCCCAACAAUUUCAAGAAAAAGAGUCUAAUUCUAAAACCGAAGACAAUAAGGCAACUAAUCAUGAUUGUUUAUUCCAUCUGCAAAAGCACCUUCAAAGCAUGUUCUUAGAUGAAAAAUUCACCGAUGUCAAACUGAGAGUUGACAACAAAACUUUCUGCGCUCAUAAAAGCUUACUGGCUGCUCGUUCACCUGUGUUCUCGGCCAUGUUCGACCAGGACAUGCUGGAAAGCAAUACAGGGAUUGUUGAUAUUACAGAUGUGGAAGCGAGUAGUUUCAAAACAUUUCUCGAAUAUAUUUACACUGCGGACGUGGAUCAAAUGGAUUUUGAAGUUGCGUUGGAUCUUUUGGUGAUGGCGGAUAAGUAUGAAGUGCCACCACUGUCUCAAAAAUGCUUCAAUUUUCUUCAAUCUGCUCUGGCUCACAACAAUGUGUGUGAAGCAUUGUCCAUCGCUGACAUGAUCAAUCAUGAACAGUUAAAAUUAGCUGCGAUUGAUUACAUUGCAGAGAAUUCAGCUGCAAUUUUGUCGUCUCCUCAAUGGGCACAGUGGCUGAAAAUGAAUACUACAUUGGCAUCCGAAGUUUUCCUUAAAAUGUCAAUAAGGUUUGAAGGUGGAGCAAGAAAAUAAGUUUGAAUUUAUGAAAUGAAUAUUUUGUCUGAAGAUUAUUUGCUGGUAGGUAAUUUUUAUAACUGGAUUAUUAAGUGGAAGAUAUAAUCAUCCCAAUUUGCAAACUACAUAAAUUAUAUCAAAAGAAAAGAUCAGUUGUAUUAUGUUCAUUUUUGUAAAAUACUGUUAUUUCGAAAACAAAUACAUACAUUUGUUAAACUUUGUUAAAAGUAUUUGUUAUAAACUGAAUUGUAUAUAGAUUUUAAAAAAUCAGGUAUAUAAACAUUUAAAUUGUCACUUUGUGUACAUUUUAACUAAUACAAGUUAUUAAAUCUUGUUGAAAUUGAAAUAAAAAAGUAUGCCAUAAAA